GUCUAACGUUCUUCUUCUUCUCCGAUUGGUUUGCUCUUAUUGUUUACGGAAGUCUUGAAGAUUUGUUUGAUUGUUUGAAGGAAGCAGUGGGUAGUGGAGUGAAUGGACGUGUCUGGAAUCUCAUUAACGCUAACAUGGAGACAGAAGACAUUGUUUCUUGUUCUAAUACAGAUUUGUUGAAAUCUUGCGGGACAUUUCGUGUCCUUGUCGGCGUAACCGGAAGCGUGGCAGCCUUGAAAUUACCUCUUUUGAUCACUCAGCUUCUUCAGCUUCCUGGGGUGGAUGUACGAGUGGUCACUACAGAGCAUGCCAAGCACUUCUACAAUCCUGCAGAGGUUUCAGUAAAGAUCUACAGUGACAAGGAUGAGUGGGAGCUGUGGACGCAGAGAUCUGACCCCGUGCUACACAUUGAACUAAGACGCUGGGCAGACUUACUCGUCAUUGCCCCCCUGGACGCCAACACGCUUGGAAAGAUUACUAAUGGAAUUUGUGAUAAUUUGCUUACAUGUGUGGUAAGAGCCUGGGAUAUCAGUCGACCUCUCCUCUUCUGCCCAGCAAUGAAUACAGCCAUGUGGCAGCAUCCCAUUACAGCCCAGCAGGUAUCCAGGCUGAAAGAGUAUGGAUAUGUGGAAAUCCCCUGCAUAUCUAAGAAGCUAGUGUGUGGAGAUGAAGGCCAUCCACAACCUCGCCCCUCCUUGUCACGCUGACCUUCUCUACAACGCCACCUCCUCCCGCUCCCUCAGAUCCUCCAUCCAUCUCACCGUGCCCUCCGCCCACCCGGAGCAGAGUAGAGCAGCUGAAAGCUCUGCUCCCCUGAUUCUCUGGAAUUCACUCCCACCAGACAUCCACAACUCUGACUCUCUUCCCCUCUUUAAAUCCAGACUCAAAACACCUCAGAAACUUCCAGGCCAGAUAAGGCAAGUAGUAGGGCAUGACAUUACCAGUUCACAAUAUGCUCCAAACCUUUAUCCAGACAAUAGAGCCUUCACAUCUGCGAUGGAAUUUCACUGAGCCAUAUUAUUACUUUAAAUUUUAUUGUGCUAUGAUUUUUCUUGUUUUUUAAGUUUUGCAAUGGACCGUUAUACGUCAACACCUACUUACGAGCAGCUCUCCUCUAGUAAUGUUUGGCAGUAGUAGACAUUAGCCCCCACUGGACAAAAAGCAACUACACUUACUGACAUCUGGCUUUUGUCUUCAGCGGAAAAGGCCAUAAACUGCAUUCACUCCUGCUUGUACUAGUCAGUUAUUUAUUGCCUCCAGCUCUGAUCAACGGUUAUAGAACCAGGGCAAACUGUGGAUUGGCUAAAUGUUGCUCCUUUUCUUUAACUCGUGUCAUGAAUGCUAUCAGCUUGUCACCACAUGACGAAGGAUCCACCUACAGCUAUUUAGACCUCUUGUCAUCAGUGACAAAGGAGCGUCCAAAUGAUGCCCGAAGCUUAACAUCAACUACUUCCACACUUUCCCUGAACUUGAAUGCUGCUGCUUUGAUUGUUAAGAUUUUAACCUUAACUAUUAUGUUAAUGGUAUUCAUUACAUUAACACAUUCCCAGCAAUAGUGCACUUUUGAGUCUGGCAAACCUCUCUUUCAUUUACAGGAUACGAUUGAUAGAUAAAGUAUAGAAGAUGCAAUAGAUAGGUGGCUUAGGCGAGAAUGGAAAAUGUACACAGGGACCGCUAAUGUCACCACAUUCUUCU